AUGGCCGCUAGACAACAUACCGAGGAGGAGUUUGCCGCUCAAAGGAAGAGACAGCAGGAGUUCGAGGAGGCUGCCUUCAAAAUCCAAACCCUGGUUGAAAACAUCCGCCAUGACCCCAUGAAGCUGCGCAAGAUUACCCUGCACGGAGUUGGCAAGACAAGAGAGGAUUUCUUACGCCGCAUUCUGGAGCCCGCUUUCCAGGCUAGAUCCCUACACGAGGUCAUUGGUCUGAGCAGACAGGCUGUUCGUAGGAUGGAGCGCUUCGGAAUCUUUGAGGACCUCAAGAUUCAAUUGGACAGCCCCAGGGACAGCUGGCUUCAGGACCGUAAGGAUCUGGUUGACUUGGGUAUCUGGCUCAAGGAGGGCAGCCGCAUUCAAAUCAGGACAGGAACUGAGGCUGGAAACGCCGAAGCCAGCCUGUACGGUGCGUUGACAGUCAAGAACGUGUUUGGUGGUGCCGAGACCUUAAGCACCAGCAUGGCAUUCGGAACCCGUACCUCAUCAGCCUUCCAGUUCGCCCUUGCCACUCCCCUGCUCGCGGAUCCCGAUAAGAACCUGUCGAUCAACCUCUACAGCCAGACCAGGAACAAUACCCAGUGGAGCUCUUACGAGGAGGAUCUCAAGGGAGGCGCCUUGAAGUACACCACUCUCUCGCCUUUUGGAUACCACGAGUUUGCCUACGAGGGUCACUGGAGAGAGAUCUGCCGUCCUUCUGAGAAGGCAUCCCUCACUAUCCGCGAGCAGUGCGGUCACAGCUUGAAGUCGGCACUCACGCACAUGUGGGUCCAUGAUAUGAGAGACGAGCCCUUGUUGCCCUCCACUGGACACUUUGUUCGCGUUAUUCAGGAGUACGCUGGACUCGGUGGAGACGUCAACCAUGUUCGUCAGGAAAUCGAGGCCCAGGUCGCCCGCUCUAAUAACACUGGUUAUAUUUUGUCCGCAACGGUCAAGUCGGGAUACUUGCACUCUUUGAACGGCAAGCCCUCCAAGAUCUCAGACCGCUUCUUCUUGGGAGGUCCCAUGUCCGUCCGUGGUUUCAAGUCUAACGGCCUUGGCCCUCGCGAAGGAGAGGAUUCUCUUGGAGGAGAUGCAUACAUAUCGGCUGGUGUUAGCCUGAUGACCCCCUUCCCAGGUCUUGCUGGCCGUGACUCGUUCAAGGCCCACUUCUUUGCCAAUGCUGGAACCUUGGUCAGCGUGAAGCCCGGUCAGUCUGCUACCAAGACGAUUGAUGAUUUGACAAAGGCGCCCAGUGUCUCUGUCGGAACCGGUAUUGUCUACCGCCAUCCUCAAGUUCGUAUUGAGCUUAACUUUGCUCUCCCCCUGAUGGCUUCCAAGACUGAUGCCCUUUCAAGAGGAUGGCAGUUGGGUCUCGGCAUCAGCUUCCUGUAA